AUGAAUGAGCUCCAAGCUCUACAAUGCAUAUUUGGAAAUAGCAUGAAACAUCACUUCGAAGAAGAUUGCUUAGUCUGCAGCAUAUCAGUGGGGGAAAACUAUUUUGAGUUUGUAUGCAAGAAGGAAUAUCCAAGCAUAGUUCCUGAUGUUUUUUCAAAUAUCGAGCAAGAUAUCCUGAAUUGGUCAUUAAGUCAGGUACAAAAAUACGUAUCAACGCCAAUGAUCUUCGACAUAAUCAGGCUCGCCCUCCAGAAAUUGGAUGAGAGCAGCAUAAUAGUAGAUACAGGCAAGCUUGUAAUUAGCUACGAUAUUGAUGACAGCGAAAGAAUCACUGAACAGGACUUUCUUGCGUGGAAACAAAAAGCAGUAAAGCCUAGACCCGAAAAGACUAGCAUGACAGGAAAAGAAAUAUUCAUCGAGAGAAAAAGAAACAAAGAGGAGAUUAAUGACGACAUAUUGAUCCAUUUACUUAAUUUGCCAUAA